GGAUGCCGAGGAGCGCGGCUUUCCUCUCCGGUUGCGUUUAUCCGCCGUGUUUUCCUUCCGAUUCCGUGUCAUCCCAACCCUCCUGGGGGAUGCUCCGGCCGAGCCAUCGGCGUUGACGGAACGUUUCUGCCGCAGGUUACGUGCUUCCCGGGUGCUGCUGGUGGGGAUGAAGGGUCUGGGAGCAGAAGUGGCCAAGAAUCUCAUCCUGGCGGGAGUCAAAGGGUUAACCAUGCUGGACCAUCAGCAGGUUUCCCAGGAGGACACACGGGCCCAGUUCCUCAUCCCGGCGGGAUCCUUGGGCGAAGCGUCGCUGGAACGGGCGCAGAACCUCAAUCCCAUGGUGGAUGUCAAAGCCGAUCCGGAGAGCGCCGAGAGCAAACCCGAGGAAUUCUUCACCCAGUUUGACGCG